AUGCCCAAUCUGGGCGGGCCGUGUGGGAAGAUAAGAAGGCUUUACGCCAACGUGCUUGCUUCGAUGGCCACGUACGGUGCCCCCGUGUGGGCGGGGGCCCUCAUGAGGAGCAGGAAAUCUCUUGCGAUCCUCAGGGGGGCCCAAAGGCGAAUGGCCAUAAGGGCCAUACGGGGGUACCGUACGGUAUCCCACACGGCGGCCACGCUGAUGGCCGGGAUGCCGCCCCUUGACCUGGUGGCGGCCGGGUACGCACAAGUGUACCGGCGCACCAGGGAACUCCGGGGGCAAGGCGUUCCGGUCACGGCGAGGGUGAGAAGGCUCCUCGGAGCCCAGGCUAGGAGGGAGACACGGGAGGAGUGGCGGACGCGACUCUCGGGGCCUAAUACCCCGGGCAAGCGUACCGUGGAGGCCAUCCUCCCGUGUCUCGAUUCGUGGUUGGAGCGCCCAUGGGCGAGGGCCUCGUUUAGGACGUCGCAGGUGCUCACCUGGCAUGGUUGCUUCGGUGAGUACCUGCGGCGGAUAGGACGCGAGGCGACAGAGAAGUGCCACCAUUGUGGCGCAGACAAGGACUCGGCGCAGCAUACACUCGAAGAGUGUCCGGAGUGGGAUGCACAGCGCCGAGUCCUUGUCGAUAGGAUAGAGCUGGACCUGUCCCCCAGGGCGAUAAUAUCGGCGGUAACGGGGGACAGGAGCAAAUGGGAGGCUUUCUCCUCCUUCUGUGAGCAUGUUAUGCUCCAGAAGGAGGAGGCUGAGCGGGUGCGGAGAGGGGAGGUAACCCCUACAGCACCGCAAGGUGGGGGAGCGGGGGCCAGAAGGGUGAGGAGAGGCAUCCCUGCACACCGACGAAAGUGGACCCUGGCCCGAUGA